AUGGAUUUUGGAGGAGGAUUAUAUUAUACACAAAGAGGAGUUGAUGAGAAUGGAAAAAUUACAGAUGCAAAAUUUAAGACUUUUGGUUGUGGUUCAGCAAUUGCAAGUUCGUCAUUAGCAACUGAAUUGAUUGUAGGACAACAUUUGGACUCGGCUGCAAAAAUAAAAAAUCAACAAAUUGCAAAAGAACUUUCUCUCCCUCCUGUAAAAUUACAUUGCAGCAUGCUCGCUGCUGAUGCAGUUCAGGCUGCCAUCAAUGAUUACAAAAAGAAACAAAUGAAUAAAAAAUGA